UCCAAAACAGAUCGGCAGGCAGCUGUAGAACAGUCAAAUAAAUUUUUACCCCGAACACAUUGUUUUUUUUUUCAUGCGAGAACAAGAGUUUUAAAAAUUUAUCAUUUACGAUUUGGGACCCGCAAAAUUUACGUGAAUGUUGAGGACCAUCCAGACCAGUGCUGGCCAACCGGUGCGCUGUCUGGCCACCUUCGGCUCCAGAUUCACGUACCAGAGCCAACCGAUGUCGCAGCUCCGCGUGGAGAACCACUACCAGGUGCUGAACGUGCCCGUGGGCUCCAAUGACCGGGAGAUCAAGCUUGCCUUCAUCGAAUUGUCGAAGAAGUACCAUCCGGAUGCGAAUACCCAGACCAGCGACUCGGAAGUCUUCAUGAAGAUCUGCGAGGCUUAUCAGACGCUCCAUCGGCAAAAUUCCAGGCAGAUCUACGACUCCAGACUCCGGAUGCAGAACCAAAACAAGUCGCCUCCGGAAUCAACGUUUACCGGAAGACGGGUGUAUACGGUUUGGUCACAGUACCAGUCCGCCGUCCGGAGCAAGCAGAUGGGAAGGGGUUCCCGGCGAUUUGGGGGCGAAAAGCCCAUCAUCUUCAAGGGAAAAAUGGUCAACAAAUGGCUACCCAUGCCAACGACGUUGGUUGAGCUCAAGCGGGUGGGGUUCAGGUUAUCGUGGCAUGAUGAAUACUCCUUUCCCAAUAGUCCUUUCUUCUACCUAUACAUAGCCGGAUUCUGCUUGGUGGGUGGACUGGUUCUAAUGGACGUGAUCGGUAGAUUCCAAAAGCAAUCAUCCGUGGAGAAGAACAUCGAAAUCUUGCUUAGCGAAAAGGAUCUGGAGACCUCAGCAACAACACAUCCAAUCCAUCCAUCUGCAUAAUUUUACUACCUCAUCCAUAUGCAUAGAUCAUUGCCUUUGUUGAACUCCCUGGUCUCGUUUGAAAGAAAAAUGUAUAAAUCUGUUCGUUAAU